UUCAUCUGUUCUAAGCAUCUGCUUGGAUGGGUUCAGAGUCACCUGAUGACAUCAUAAUGUAGAGCUGUGUAUCAUCCAUGUAGAUAUGGUAACUAACCUUAUUUCCUGUUAUAACCUGAGCUCGUGGGAGCAUAUAGAUAUUGAAUAAGUCCCAGGAUUAAACUUUGGGGUUCCCCAAAUUUGCUUCGAUGAGAAAUUACUUAUUGAAACAAAGAAAUGGCUCUGCAGAGAGUGGUUAAAACUGCACAGAGGACUGUGGGGAGCAGCCAUCCCUCCACCUCGGACCUCUAUACAUCAUGAUGAAGGGGGAGGGCGCUCCGCAUCAUGAAGGACUCCACGCAUCCUGCACACAGACUGUUCAGCCACUCGCCUCAGCUGAGGAGCAUACUGUGCAGGACCACCAGGCUCAAAAACAGUUUCUACCGUACAGCUGUCAGGCCGCUGAACUAUAGGCACUCUUGAUACUCACUUUUUCUAAUAGGACAAAUACCCUAAAACAGAAUUAGAGCAACAACGGAAUGGUUCAGAAAGCACAUUCAUAGGUUUGUAUGUCCCUGUCAAAUUUCAGACUCAAAUACAAUUUAGAAUCUAUGACAAGAAUUAAAGAGACUGUGUUCACACAGAUACUCUUAAUUCAAGUUGAGGGGCAGGUUUUAGAAAUUAUAAUAAUAAAAAAAGCCAAAAAUGUCAGUUUCCAGAUUCACAAAUUACUGACACAUAUCCCCAAAGACCAGAAGCUGUAACAGCAGCGACAGGAAGCUCUACAAAAUACUGACUGAUCUGAAUACAAACACAAGCUACACAUUUCAGAUUUCAGACAUUUUAAAAACCACUAAUCAGUUUCCUUUCACUUCAAAACAAUUUCCUUACUUAUGUCUAUUUAGCUCCAAAAAAGUCAGUAACAUACACUAAGUUUUUGUUGUAGUUAACAAAUGUCUUUAAAGGAUCCAUACUACUUUAACUAGAAGAGACUGACUAUGGAAGAAAGAGUUUUGCAUAUUUUUCUACCAGCAUCAAAAAUAGUUUAUAGCUUUGUAUUCAUAAUUUGCUACAACCCAAAUAAUACAAAUGGAAAAAAAACUGGUAAGAAGUUUAUCAUAUUUUUUAAAAAUACACACACACACGCACACACACACACACACACAGACACACACACACACACACACACACAUAAAGUCAGAUGUGUCUUCUUUGUAUUUAGAUGCAACAAGUAAGUAUAUUCUUAUAGAUACUGCAUCUGCUCUUUCACAUCAGCAACCAUGUAACAUCGCUUGUCUGGUUAAAUGUAAGUGAUAGUCAGGAUGGGAGGGCCGAAGCAGUUGCUUCUGUCUUUACAGGCUAGUGGAGAGGCUACCGAGCCACAUCGUGUGUUUGGCUUCCUCCCCUCCCCCCUCGUCUGCAGUGCUGACGCAUCUGCUGCUUUCGCAUCAAUCAGCAGCCUCUAUAUAGAUGACUGCGGUGAACCUAUGCAUCCAAACCUGAUGGACAGCACACACCCUUCUACUGUGCUGAGCAAGCUCAAUGAGCAGCGGUCACAAGGCCUCUUCUGUGACGUUACUAUCGUAGUAGAGGAUGUGAAGUUUCGGGCCCACAAAAACAUCUUGGCUGCAUGCAGCGGAUACUUCAGAAGCACUCUGACAACCUCAGAUACAUGCAGCUCCAGCCAAGUCCUAGAGCUUAUGGACCUAAAGUCUGAAGUGUUUGCCUGUAUCCUCAACUUUAUAUACUCCUCAAAGUUGACGUCGCUUGGUGAAGAGAACAAAGGGGGACUCGCAGCAGCUGGAAGAAGACUUGGAAUUCCUUUUUUGGAAAAGCUUGCGGACGAAGAGCAGCGGGAUGAAUGUGUUAGUCCCAGAGACUCGUGUGCAACCACAAAAUCUUCAACAGCAAAGAAUGAAGGUUCCAGGCGUGAGGAGACAGAUAGUGCAAGAGGACCUCGCAUUACCAAUGCCUUCUCCAUCACUGAAAUAUGUCCUGGGAACAAUCCCUUCACUCCUUUGGUUCAAACAGACAAGCAGAGGCAAUCACCAGACGUGGGACAGCUGCCCUCAAGUUUCCCUACAAUAUCCAGCAUCAAUGGGAACAAUGAGACAACCCACACCCUGUCUGAACACUCAUAUGCAGUAAAUAAUUCCACUGAAGGCAAAGACACCAGUCAGUGGGACUACAGGAACGUCUGUAAACCAGCAAUAUUGCACUCAAAACUACUCAUGUAUAGGAAUACGGGCCCACUGAAAAAGCGCCAUAGGCUGAGAGGCAUUUUGGGCAAAAGUAUGCUUCCAGCACCAGCGGAUCAACAAACAGAUGAAGCAAACACAGUAACAUCAGUGUUAUCUGAUGGUGAUGGUGAUGCUGCUGCUCCUGUCACCGCUAUGACACCGCCUGCACUUUUCUCAGAAGCAGAGACUGAGAAGAUAACAGAGACGGAGCUCUGUGGAGCCACUGACAGUGCUGACACAGAGCUAGGUCCACCACCUCUUUCCCCUCACCCGGAGGACAGCAUUUCAGUCUACAGCUGCGAGCACUGUCCAGAGAUAUUCUCAAAUAAAGCUCUUCUCACCAUUCACUCUGAGGUACAUAAAAAGCAUUUUGAUACUCGUUUGACUUGUAAAUUUUGUCACAGAAAAUUCAUACACCUCAAACGACUGCACAACCACGAGAGAUUAUGUCCAAAGACUGGAAGAGGCCCACCUAAGCUUGAUGCCAGGGACAUAUCAGCCAAAGAGGUGGAGCACAACUCAGAUGACAGAUUAAACGUGGAGAGCUCUGCAACACAGCCUCCCUCUGCAGAUCUUCCCAGCCCGAACAUGCCAGAGCUCACUGAAGUUAACCUAACAGAGCGCCUACAUGAAGAGAAGACAGUUAGGCAGAGGCGAUACAACUGCAGUGUGUGCAAACGAGUCUAUGUCACCUUGUCCAGCCUGAGGCGGCAUGAGAACGUGCACUCAUGGCAGAGGGCUUAUCCAUGUCAUUAUUGCAAUAAAGUGUUUGCCUUGGCAGAGUACCGCACCAAGCACGAAAUCUGGCACACAGGUGAACGCCGCUAUCAGUGUAUUUUCUGUCUGGAGACAUUUAUGACGUAUUAUAUCUUGAAGAACCAUCAAAAGUCCUUCCACGGCAUUGAUCCCAACCUCGCUGUCAGAAAGAAAUCUGCCAAUGGUGGGCUGAAAGCCAGCGUUUAUCCAAUCAAACUCUACAGACUUCUGCCCAUGAAGUUUAGAAAGAGGCAGUACAAAACAUACAGCCAGACGUACUCAGAAAGUGGUGAAAAAGGUGACUCAUCCACUUUAGACAACAGUUCUCUUAUUCCUCCAUUUGAAGAAAACAGUCCCCUCAACCACCCUGACACAACUUCAUUCCCGCUAACCUUUAUGGCCACAACAAAGAUGGUCUCCCCUGUCAUGCCUCGCAUCUGCUUCGACAAACCUUGUAAUCAAGUUAUUGAUCAAAAUCUCAGUAGUGAACAGGGGAAGCAGACAAGCACAGAGAAAGAGACUGGAGACAGAGGUUCACCUUUUAAUAACUGUGACAGCAUCUUCUCAUCCAAGCUAACUCUGCCCAAUCCUGAGUCUCAAGCAGCUAAACCGCCUGUGCUGAUGAACUCAGAGCGCAUUACUCAGAGUGUGCCAUUCUUCAACUCCUUAAGCACUGUUAAAAAGUUAGGAGAGUUAUCAGCUUCAGCAAAAAGGGUUGAAGAGAUGACCAAGGAGAUACUUCAAUCCAGCACUGAGGAGUUGAUGCGAGACAAAGUAAUGGGGACUAAAACAGAGACUUACAUCGCCAAACCUGCUUGCCAUGGCCCGUCUCUGGACAGUGACACCAAGCCGCUAUGUCAGAUAACAGUGAAAAUAGGUAAUGAAGCCAUCAUCCGCCGCAAAAUUAAAGGAUCUAAGCUUUUCCCCAGGAAGAAGAGGAAAACUAGAGAACUAAGUGUGGAACAGACCCCAAGUCAGUGCAGUCCACUGAGGGAAAAUUCAGAGAGUCCGAGGCUUCGACUCAGACAGGAAGCCGUUGCUUCCACUGAGAAAUACGAUGAUACCAAUGACUGUGAUACAGCCGAUCAGCUUUGGCGUCCCUACUAUUCUUACAAGGCUAAAAAGAAGAGAAAGAAGUUCAGGUACAAACACAGAAAUGCUUUGUUUCACCCCUGUCCCGAACUUUCUAUAGACAGAACAGGUUUCACUGAAUCCCACUUUGACAGAACACAUUUUCCAGCAGAGGAGAGCAGUUCAGGAGCUAGCAUCGGGCUGAAACAUGGUCUUAGCAGAAACUACAGUCCGAGGCCCACCUACAACUGUGACAUCUGUGACAGCUCUUUUAUCACAGAGACCGGACUGAAAGCUCAUGUGAUUGGUUCCCAUCCUUACUUCUGUCGGACCUGCGGAAAACAAGGUCCCCCCGGUGAGGCACCCUCCUGUGGGGAUUACAUCUGCAACAGCUGCAUGGAAAAUGGCUCUUGCUUUGACAACACACCCCGAAGCCCCAACCAAGAGAAGAAAUAUUGCUGUUCAUUCUGUCCCCAGCGUUUUGUGUAUCUUGCCACAAAGAGAAGCCAUGAGAAAAAACACCAGGAGACAAAUGACGAGAGUCCCAAAUAUGACACAUUCACUUCAUGUUCUACAUACUCAGCACAACCAAGGGAAGGCAGCAAACAAGACACCAACAAAAGAGAGGAGAGUAGCAAUCAAGAGGAUGUUGACAUAAAAUGUGAAAACACGGAUGAAGAGCAUUUUACAACCAAUGAAAAUAAGCCAAAAAUCAAGGAUAUAUCUGACUUAAUGUCAUCGACUCCCUAUCAAGAUGUGUCAAAUUUAAGUAUGAAAAAUCCACCGUCACCAAAUACGGACUGUCUGCCUACGCUGACGUCCUCAAAAAUGAAACAAAAAGUUGUGAAAAACAGGAUCAAAGUUCAUCAUUCUAUGCAUCAUACUGCAAAAAAGCAAGCAUAUGACAGGGACAGUGAUCCCAACAAGAAAUCAUCGACAGGACCAAGAAUGAACAAUCUCACUAAUUAUGAGAAAUCAAGCAAACCAAUUCAGAAGACCGAUUCUGAAUCUAACGGUACAUACAUUUCUUUACACAAGCCAGAAAAAUGGGUGUGCAAAGAGGAACCAUUCUAUUAAGGAAUGCAACUUAACUAGCGCAAAUGUCAAUUGAAAUAUUGUUGACUCAUGAAAUCUGCAAUGUUUUGCAUCAGAAUAGUUUUUGACAGGACAAGCCAAACUAUAAUAAUCUUGCAUUAGCAGACUGACAUUUCUUCCACCUUAAGUUCAAUAACUCAGUGAUUAUUUAUUCACUGUUUUUCACCACUAUAAAAUAUAUUUUUGUCCUGUGUCUAUGCAUGUAAGUCGGAGUCAGUGACUCAUUGUAAUGGGUUUUUUUUUUCAAUGCAGUGCAAUAACAGUUCAGUUUCUGCAUUGUGUGGGGUGGCAGAAAAGUUACCUAUUGUGGUUUCAGCUUCACCUUUUUUAAAGCGUGUCCGAGCAAAAACAAUAGGGAUUUUCUGUUUUCACCUUUCUGGACCUCUUGCUUAAAUAACUGGAACUGGUGAAUUGCACUUUAUGGUUAGACUAUGCUGACUUGUAGUUUAAUACUUUGAUAAUUGCCAUUUUUAUUCCAAGCUUUGUUCAUGUAAUUUGAAUUUCUACUAAAUACACAGGACCACUGAGAUUAAGAUUACUCCUUUUUUCUGUGUUUAGUAUGUAUAAAACAUGUACAACUAUUUAAAUAAAUAUUGUUACUAUGAACAGUU